AAUAUGCGUAGGCUGUAACUAAACGGUCCACCAAGCGAACCGGUAUAAAAAGAUUCUGUCUGUAUUCGCCCAGAUCACACCUAUUGCAGUCAUGAUUCGGUUCGUAGUUAUCUUGUCAGUGUUUGUUCUAGCCAUCCAGGCUAAGCCUUCUGAGAAUGAGUACUACCGACUUCUAGAAAACCUUCUUGAAGAACGUGAGGUUCAGAAAUGUGGGGUAAACGACAAAUAUUUGAACUGCAAUUAUCAACAACAGUGUCAAGGUGAAACAUGUCCAGGCGAUAAAUAUUGUUGCUCUUCCAAAUGUGGAAAUAUUUGUUUAUGCCAUCCAAUUCCACCGAACUGUCCCAAGCACUGUAUCAAUGGGUACCAGCUUGGAAAUAACGGAUGUUAUAUCUGCGAAUGUAAUACCAGCAAACGAAGUUUUAAGCAAUUUUUGACCAGAUUACUUCAAAAGGAUGAAGAGAAAGAAGAAAUUGAAGACGAAGAACGCAAAGAACUAACAUCUGCAGAGAAAUAAAGACACAGAAGAAUCGUUAUUUUUUUUAUAUUUUGUAAUCGGCUCAUGUACACCAGUGAAGACGCCAUUUUAUAAACACGUCUGUAAACGUGAAGUCAUGCUCAUACCACCGGACAUUUUUAUAGCACUAUUUUAUAUUUCAGAUUUUUA